UCCGAUUAAAGAAUCCCACGGUCUGGAGAGAAACCCUAGCGUGUCAAGUCUCCGAAGUUUCAGUCCUCCUCUAUAAAAGGAUCGCAGUGGCCCUGCCGAAAACCUUCUGCGCUUCUCUCUCGGCAAUCCCGAUCCCAAAUCGCUCUGCCGCCGCCGACAGAGCAAUCAUGGGUAAGGAAAAGGUACACAUUAACAUUGUGGUCAUUGGCCAUGUCGACUCUGGGAAGUCGACCACCACCGGGCACCUUAUCUACAAGCUUGGUGGCAUUGACAAGCGUGUAAUUGAGAGAUUCGAAAAGGAAGCAGCGGAAAUGAACAAGAGGUCAUUCAAGUAUGCUUGGGUUCUUGACAAGCUGAAGGCUGAGCGAGAACGUGGUAUCACAAUUGAUAUUGCUCUCUGGAAGUUUGAGACCACGAAGUACUACUGCACUGUCAUUGAUGCCCCUGGGCAUCGUGACUUCAUCAAGAACAUGAUCACAGGCACCUCCCAGGCUGACUGUGCAGUCCUUAUUAUAGACUCCACGACUGGUGGUUUUGAGGCAGGUAUUUCCAAGGAUGGACAGACACGUGAACAUGCGUUGCUUGCCUUUACUCUUGGUGUCAAGCAGAUGAUCUGCUGCUGCAACAAGAUGGACGCUACUACUCCAAAGUACUCUAAGGCCAGGUAUGAUGAAAUCGUGAAGGAAGUUUCUUCUUACCUCAAAAAGGUGGGUUACAACCCAGAGAAGAUUCCUUUUGUUCCCAUCUCUGGAUUUGAGGGUGACAAUAUGAUUGAGAGGUCCACCAACCUGGACUGGUACAAGGGUCCCACCCUUCUUGAGGCCCUUGACCUGAUCCAGGAGCCCAAGAGGCCCUCAGACAAGCCUCUCCGUCUGCCACUUCAGGACGUGUACAAGAUUGGUGGCAUUGGUACUGUCCCAGUCGGACGUGUCGAAACUGGCACUCUCAAGCCUGGCAUGGUGGUCACUUUUGGUCCCAGCGGUCUGACAACUGAAGUCAAGUCUGUGGAGAUGCACCAUGAGGCCCUGCAGGAGGCCCUUCCUGGUGAUAAUGUGGGUUUCAAUGUGAAGAAUGUUGCUGUCAAAGAUCUCAAGCGUGGUUAUGUGGCCUCUAACUCAAAGGAUGAUCCUGCGAAGGAGGCAGCCAACUUCACUUCUCAGGUUAUUAUCAUGAAUCAUCCUGGUCAGAUUGGCAAUGGUUAUGCUCCUGUGCUUGACUGCCACACCUCUCACAUUGCUGUUAAGUUUGCUGAGAUCCUUACCAAGAUUGACAGACGGUCUGGAAAGGAACUUGAGAAGGAACCCAAGUUUUUGAAAAAUGGUGAUGCAGGUUUUGUUAAGAUGAUUCCUACCAAGCCCAUGGUUGUUGAGACCUUUUCUCAGUACCCACCUCUUGGUCGUUUUGCUGUGAGGGACAUGCGCCAGACAGUGGCUGUUGGUGUCAUCAAGAGCGUUGAGAAGAAGGAUCCUACUGGUGCCAAGAUCACUAAGGCAGCUGCUAAGAAGAAGUGAACAAUAUCAUCGAGUGCCUAGCAGUGUGGUAGUAUUAGAUGGUUUCCCUGUUUGUCUUAAGAGUCUUGGUAGAGGGGGCAUCGCCCCCAAGUUCUAGUUCUUUUCCUCUUUUUUUUGAUUCAGUUGUGAAUCUGGAUUAAAUUCACAAACAGCUUAAAAUUCAGAAGUCCUUUUUGUUUUCUAUUGGAUGAUGAGAGUUUUGGACAUCUGAUUUUAUAAUCUUGAGACAGCAUUUAGUAUUUUAAGCGAAGUGCUUCUCUUUCCUU